ACGCUGUCACCCACACUACUGCCCACAGACAUGGACAACCAGGUGGUGGGACAAGAACAAGUGUCUCUUCAACCAAAGGUCCUCACACGCAACUCCGCUUGUCAUCAGUGCCGAAAACGUAAACUGAAAUGUGAUGCAAUUCGUCCCGUAUGCUCCAACUGUCAAAAACCACGUGUCCGAGGAGUUCCCGCCUCGAUCACGGAAAAAGUAUCAUGUACUUGGGAUGAACCGAAAGAGCCCAGCGCCCGUACAAGACGGAGAAGGGAACAACGACGGUUUUCAGCGCAAGAUUCCGGUGAAGAAGAAUCAGGUCAGGAUCUUUCCGCUGCUGCAAAGCGAACUCGUAUCGAAGAACUAGAGCAAAGAAUCGUAAAGUCUCAAAUCAAUCCUCUACCUCGACCUACAGAAAAUGCUCCAUCAAUCCCUCAAGAACCGGCAUCGAAAGUACCUGAUACUCCAAGUACAGCCUUUAGACCGUGGGAGAAGUCAUACGAUAUUCUCAAAGACUAUCCAGCUUUCACCGCUCGUUAUUCCCAGACCGUCAUGUCUUUACCUCAGUCUGCCGCUCGGAUGGAAGAUUUUGGUGGUCCAGGAUUACAUGCUGGCGCCCAUGCUAGUUCGUCCACUGCUACCGAGCCACGAGGAUCGAAGGAGAUGGAUCCAUUCUCGUUGCCUAUACCGGAUGCGAUCCCUAAUCCGCUGAUUGAUCAAAUGCAUCUGAACAAUCUGAGCGGUUUCAUGUCUGAGAUGACCUGGCCAGAUUGGCCUAAAUCAUUGCCCACUCUUGAAGUUGUGGAACAUGUAGUCAAUGUUUUCUUCGAAAGAGUACCCACAUUACCAAAGAUGAUACACAAAGCGACAUUCUUGCCAACUCUACAGCUACCUCCUUCACACUCGAAUUUUCCCAGCCUUGGUCUUCUUCACGCCAUCCUAGCUGUCACAGCAUUCCACAUCCCGAUGACCGAACUGGCUUCCCGUGCGUACUUCCCAGUAGGGACGCCCGCCGGACAGACGAUCCAUCCGGUCUUCGACAUGCGCCCGGACAGUGUAUCUCGGUAUAUGAACACUGGCGCCAUGCAUUAUAACGACGGUGCACCUGGAGAGGAUGGCAAUCCUAUGUCGCGUUUUCAGCUGUGGCAUAGGAGGAAGACGUUUGAGAUGUUCACUCAUCAUUUUGACCAUGCCGAGAAGUUCUUACAAGGCAUGCAAGGUCAUCUCAUCGCCAGUGCCGUAGAUGCCUUCAAUGCUUGGUGGGUGGAUCUGUGGCUAAUUGCGGCAAGCAAUGUACGGAUGGCUAUUCCCAUGAGACUACACGAAUCUCCUGUGAUGGCACCUGCCAAGUCUGCAUUAGAGCAGGCAGAGCGGGAUAGGACUUGGUGGCAGAUCUACCUUUUCGAGAUGAACGUGGUAGCUUCGACAAGUUGGCCUCUGGCUAUACACGAAGUCGACAUUACAGUAGAGUUGCCCGUCGCGCAAGAUACUUUCGAUAGAGGCAUUGGGGAGUUGACGGGUACACAAUCUUUACAAUCACCUGAUCUCUUUUCAAAUCAUCCUCCGGGUCAUUUAGAUAGUUUUUGUCUAUUGAUCAAAGCAGUCAAGUUGUUUUCCGAUGUCAAUGCCUUUUUCCGUUCAUAUUGCCGUGGAUCUCAUUCUGUAUUGAAAUUUGUGACCGACUCUCGUGUCCGACUUUUAUUAUCUCAACUUAACGCGUUCCGUCUCAGUCUUCCGGUCCAAAUGAGACGUCCGACAGUCAGAGAACCAUUUGACGGGGAGCUCAUAGCUUGUAUCUUUUAUCUUCACGGGGCCGUGAUUACAUUGGGAGAACCACUGGUGGCGAAGGAGACUUGGACUCAUGAACUGGGUCGAUUAUCUUUGGCAGCUAUUCGAGCGAUACUAUCCAUGGUGUAUGACCUCAACGCUACCAGUUACGAUAUAACUCUUCUACCGAUGUGUUGUUCCUAUAUUUGGUGUAUGUGCUGUAGAUGUCUGGGAAGAUUCAUGGAUGCGGCGGUCAGAUCAGGAGAUAUGGUAUCCGCUUCGGUGUUCCGUUCUGAGAUUGAUGUUUUCCGUCUCACGUUGGCUCGAUAUGGUGAACGGUACCCCGUCGGUCUACGACAUAAAGCUUUAGUCGAUCUUUCCAUCACCGAAAGUGAUAAACUUGGAGUUGUCCCACUUGAUUUCAUGUCAUGUGACGUUGGUUAUUUAUUCGAUUUCGAUUUUCAACCGGGCUCUACCCAUGGCGGCGAUUCGUGUUCAAAAUCCACUCCAAAAUCUACUACUUCAAGUGAUCGACCUUCCAGUUCUACAUAUUCGAAAGCUUGGAAUAUGGACGGUACUUCUGCUUCUGGAUCUGGAUCUGUACCAAUCUCCGGAAUGAGCACUUCAACAGAUCCGACCUCUGGAUCUGGUUAUUCCUCUGGACUCGAAAUGGGAUCUGGUGGUGGAAUGGGGGGUACGAAGACUUCGACCAUACCGAACCUUAAUAAUCAAAAAGAUUCUAUACCUUCUUACUUAUCGACAGGUACCUCAGCAUGGACUUUUGAUCCGACUGCAGGUGGAGAAGGAAAUGAAGCCAUAGGAUGGGAUAUCAGUAGUUUUUCUUUUGAUCCAGAAUCAUUGGGUCAAUUUUUCUCAUCAGAGUUGAUGUUUGACGGAUCGGAUUUUGGUCUUCCACGUAUUUGAUUUCAUCUAUUUGUUUCUGUAUUUGUUUCUGUUUCUGUUUCUGUUUCUGUAGAUGAAUAUCAUACCAUUGUC